AUGUCUCACGCCAUGUCGGACGAUCAGGUGGCCGGUGAACUCAAGAAGAUGACUGCCUUCAUUCGCCAAGAAGCCCUCGAGAAAGCCAAAGAAAUCGAGAUCAAGGCCGACGAAGAGUUUGCAAUUGAGAAAUCAAAGCUCGUCCGCCAAGAAACAUCGUCAAUUGACUCACAGUACGCCAAAAAACACAAGCAGGCAUCCAUGUCGCAGCAAAUCACCCGCUCAACCCUUGCCAAUAAGACGCGCAUAAAGGUGCUCUCUGCGAGACAAGAGUUGCUCGAUGAGCUGUUCGAGAAGGCGAGAGACAAGCUGGCAAGUUACAGCGAAGAUAAGGGAAAAUACGAGGGCAUGUGCAGGGGGCUGAUCCUGGAGGGAUUGUACGCCUUGAAUGAAGACAAGGUGACAGUGAGAGCAAGGAAGGUCGACUACGAUAUUGUGAAGAAGGCGAUCAACGGCGCGAAGAAGGAGUAUAAGGAGAACCUGGAGAAGGAUGUCAACGUUGAGCUGGAUGAGAAGAAUCCGCAGCCGGAAGGAUCGCCGGGAGGUGUUUCGAUCGUGGGCGGAGGUGGUAAGAUCGAUAUCAACAACACUCUCGAUGAACGCCUAAAGCUACUGGAGACCGAUGCAUUACCCAUGGUCCGGACAGUUCUGUUCGGUAAGAAUGAGAACCGUAGGUUUUACGAUUGA